AUUUUUAAAUUUUAAUUUUUUGUUCUAGUUUUCAUUUUGUAUUAAAUCAUUAUUUCAAGAAUGUCGACUAAUGAUGCGAAAAAGAAGAAGAAGCCGACUGCUCCAGUCAAAGACAAAAAAGGACCUGGUAAAAAAGCUCUUGCAGCUUUAAAAGAAGUAAUACAACAACAAAAAGAAGAAGAGGAAAAGCUUCGUAGAGAAGAAGAAGAGGAGGAAAAACGUUUAGAAGAACUUGAAAAACAAAAGGAAGAAAAAUUAAAAUUAGAACAAGAAAAGAAGGAAAAGAAAAAACAGAAAGAAAAAGAAAAGAAAGAAAGAUUAAAAGCAGAAGGAAAAUUCUUAACUCCUAAACAAAAAGCUGACAGGGCUCGUGCACAGCUACUUUUAGAGACUUUUAAAGCGCAAAGUGAAGCGUUAUUGCGAGCUCAAUCAACUACAGAAAAAUUAGAUGAAAAUGGUGAAUCUGAUGAUUCAGAUGAAGAAAAUAAUGAAAAUAAUGAUGAAAAUGAUGAAAAUAUUGUAGCCAAGGUUGAAAAAGUUGAAACUCAAAAUGGAAACACAGACGAAGAAGAGAAAUCCAAUCUUCGAGCUGCUGUUGUGUGUGUCUUGGGUCAUGUAGAUACUGGAAAAACUAAAAUAUUAGAUAAGCUGCGCAGAACUAAUGUUCAAGAUGGAGAAGCUGGAGGUAUUACUCAACAAAUUGGAGCUACAAAUGUUCCACUUCAUGCUAUAAAAGAACAAACCAAAGUUGUGAUUGAUUAUGAAAAACGAAAGUUUCUUGUUCCGGGAUUAUUAAUUAUUGACACACCUGGCCAUGAAUCUUUCAGCAACCUUCGUAAUAGAGGCUCAUCAUUAUGUGAUAUUGCUAUCUUAGUAGUUGAUAUCAUGCAUGGUUUAGAACCACAAACUAUAGAAUCAAUUAAUAUUUUAAAAUCUAAAAAAACACCUUUUAUUGUUGCGUUAAAUAAAAUUGAUCGAUUGUAUGACUGGCAAACUAAUCCGCGUAAAGACGUAAGAGAUAUUUUGAGUUCUCAGCAUUCCAACACUCAAAAUGAAUUCAAAACAAGAUCACAAAACGUCAUAUUACAAUUCGCCGAACAGGGUCUAAAUGCGGCUCUAUUUUAUGAAAAUCCUGAUCCAAAAUCGUAUGUAUCUUUAGUACCUACAUCAGCUAUUACUGGCGAAGGAAUGGGAAAUUUAUUAGACCUUAUAAUUGAAAACUGCCAAACACAUUUGUAUAAAAGACUAUUAUUUAGUAAUGAACUACAAGCUACUGUGUUAGAAGUAAAAGCUAUAACUGGUUUAGGAACAACUAUUGACACCAUUUUAGUAAAUGGUUACCUCAAAGAAGGAGAUACGAUUGUUGUAGCAGGCACUGAUGGACCUGUCGUUACCCAGAUAAGAUCGUUAUUAAUGCCUCAGCCCUUAAAAGAACUGAGAGUAAAAAAUGCAUAUAUUGAGUAUAAAGAAAUAAAAGCUGCUCAAGGUGUUAAAAUUGCUGCUAAAGAUUUAGAAAAAGCUAUAGCUGGAUUAAAUAUUUAUGUAGCUCAUAAACCUGAUGAAAUAGAACAUCUUAAAGAUUUAGUAGCAAAAGAAUUAAAAUCUGCUCUUAGUACUAUAAAAUUACAAGAUAGAGGUGUUUAUGUUCAAGCUUCUACUUUAGGUUCAUUAGAAGCGUUACUGGAUUUCUUGAGAUCCAGUAAAAUACCAUAUAGUAAUAUAAGAAUUGGCCCUGUUGUUAAAAAAGAUGUUAUGAAAGCUUCAAUUAUGUUAGAACAUUUUCCAUUAUAUGCUACUAUAUUAGCUUUUGAUGUAAAAAUUGAAAGAGAUGCACAAGAAUUAGCAGAUAUGUUGAAUGUUAAAAUAUUCCAAGCUGAUAUUAUUUAUCAUUUAUUUGAUAAAUUUACGGCUUAUCAAGAUGAUUUAAAAAAGAAAAACCGAGAUCAAUUCAAAUCUAUUGCAGUUUUUCCUUGCAAGCUUAAAGUUUUACCACAGUUUGUUUUUAAUUCAAGGGAUCCAAUUGUUAUGGGAGUAAUGGUAGAAUCUGGAAUUGUAAAAGAAGGUACUCCUCUAUGUGUUCCCAGUAAAGAAUUUGUAGAUCUAGGUAUUGUGACAAGUAUAGAAAACAACCAUAAGGCCGUAGAAACCGCCAGAAAAGGUCAAGAAAUUUGUAUUAAAAUUGAACCAAUACCAGGAGAAGCGCCAAAAAUGUUUGGAAGGCAUUUUGAUGAAAAAGAUUUAUUGGUGAGCAAAAUAUCCAGACAGUCUAUAGAUGCAUGUAAAGAUCAUUUUAGAGAUGAUUUAUUGAAGACUGACUGGCAGCUAAUGGUUGAGCUCAAGAAAUUAUUUGAAAUUUUAUGAUAAAAUUAAUUUAUGUUUAAUAAUUU